AAGAUGGCGGCGGCGGCGGCGGCGGGUAAGAUGAAGCCGUCCGCUCUUGUGCGAAAUUGGCUGAUUUGGGGUUUUCUGGUUCUCAUUCCCUCAGGCGUGCAGCUGAGCUGGGCAGGAACUGCCCACCGGGAGCUCCCACAGCAGCCUCAGAGGAUGCGCCGGAGGCCCAGCUAGGGCCUGACUUUGGCCCCAUGCGGCUCACCCGCUGCCAGGCUGCCCUGGCAGCCGCCAUCACGCUCAACCUCCUGGUCCUCUUCUAUGUCUCGUGGCUACAGCACCAGCCCAGGAACUCCCGGGCCCGCGGUCCCCGCCGUGGAGCCGCCGCCGGGCCCCGCGUCACUGUCCUGGUGCGCGAGUUCGAGGCCUUUGACAACGCCGUGCCAGAGCUGGUGGACUCCUUCCUGCAGCAGGACGCAGCCCAGCCGGUGGUGGUGGCCGCCGACACGCUCCCCUAUCCCCCCCUGGCCCUGCCCCGGGUUCCCAACGUCCGCCUGGCGCUACUCCAGCCCGCCCUGGACCGGCCCGCCGCGGCCUCGCGCCCCGAGACCUACGUGGCCACCGAAUUCGUGGCGCUGGUGCCCGACGGGGCGAGGGCCGAGGCGCCGGGCCAGCUGGAGCACAUGGUGGACGCGCUCCGGGCCGGAGGCGCACGCCUGGUGGCCGCCCCGGUCGCCUCCGCCAACCCCGCGCGCUGCCUGGCCCUGAACGUCAGCCUGCGGGAGUGGACCGCGCGCUACGGCCCCGCCCCCUCGGCGCCCCGCUGCGACGCCCUGGACGGGGACGCGGUGGUGCUCCUGCGCGCCCGUGACCUCUUCGACCUGCCGGCGCCCCUGGCCCGGCCGGUGGGCACCGGCCUCUUCCUGCAGACGGCCCUCCGCGGCUGGCCCGUGCAGCUGCUGGACCUGCCGUUCGCCGCGGCGCGCCAGCCCCCUCUGGCCACGGCCCACGCGCGCUGGAAGGCGGAGCGCGAGGGGCGCGCGCGGCGGGCGGCGCUGCUGCGCGCGCUGGGCAUCCGCCUGGUGAGCGCCGAGGGCGGCCGGCUCGAGUGGUUCGGCUGCAGCAAGGAGACGCCGCGCUGCUUCGGGACGGUGGUGGGCGACACGCCCGCCUACCUCUACGAGCGGCGCUGGACGCCCCCGUGCUGCCUGCGCGCGCUGCGGGAGACCGCGCGCUACGUGGUGGGCGUCCUGGAGGCGGCGGGCGUGCGCUACUGGCUGGAGGGCGGCUCGCUGCUGGGGGCCGCCCGCCACGGGGACAUCAUCCCGUGGGACUACGACGUGGACCUGGGCAUCUACCUGGAGGACGUGGGCAACUGCGAGCAGCUGCGGGGGGCCGAGGCGGGCUCGGUGGUGGACGAGCGCGGCUUCGUGUGGGAGAAGGCCGUCGAGGGCGACUUCUUCCGCGUGCAGUACAGCGAGAGCAACCAUCUGCACGUGGACCUGUGGCCUUUCUACCCCCGCAACGGGGUCAUGACCAAGGACACGUGGCUGGACCACCGGCAGGACGUCGAGUUCCCCGAACACUUCCUGCAGCCCCUCGUGCCCUUGCCCUUUGCCGGCUUCGUGGCGCAGGCGCCGAACAACUACCGGCGCUUCCUGGAGCUCAAGUUCGGCCCCGGGGUCAUCGAGAACCCCGAGUACCCCAACCCGGCACUCCUGAGCUUGGUCGGAAGCAGCUGAAGCCCCAGCGCGCGCUCCUGGGGUCGGGAGAGCUGGCCUCCGGGUUGGUGCCGCCGGCGUUUGGCGAGCGGGCUGGGGGUGCCGAGCUGCCCUGCAGGGCCCAGCGCGCGCCUGGACGUCGAAGACCCACGCUGCCCGAGAUUUCCCAGCGCGUGGGCUUUAUUUAGAGCGCGGACAGUUUUUGUAAAGAGGAAAACGUGUGGAUACUGGGCUGGACUGCCGCGACUAAAACCCCAGCUCUACCACUUGCGACUUAGGUGGGCCCGGGCGACUGUCCCAACGUCUCUGUGCCUCGGUUUCUUCCAGGGUGCAGUGAGCGCCCUCGGGUCUAGCUCACAGUCUGUGGGACGCUUGGUUGCUGGGCUUGCUUCCGCCACUAGAGGGCGCCGUUGUCCUGCUGUGGGGCCAAGGCGCCGGGAAGCCUGGCAUCUCUGUUGUUCUGUAACUUUCCUGACUCUUCUUGGCUUUGGUCUCUCCAAUCCCCUGUAUCUCGCAGGACGGGAUAGCUGUCUCCCUUCGAGAGCCCCGUGAGGGGCGUGCUGCUCUUGACCUCAUCUUACAGAGGAGGAAGCAGGCUCAGAGCCCUGAGCUGCAGCUAUGGUUAAGGACCGGGUCCUGGAUGCCCGCCCCACUCCGUGUUAACUUAUUUUAGCUCUCUGCACCUGUUAGCCCACUUGCAAGGCGGGAUAAACAGUAAUCACAGCCCAAAUUACGCCGCACAUACUGUGUGCCAGGCAUCCUUCUCAGUAUUUGACUGUAUCUGAGUAUCUCAACUCUCUGAGGUGAGAGCUGCUAUUCUUUCCACUUUACAGAUGAGCAAACUGAGGCUAGAAUGGUAACGUCAUUUGCUCAAGGUCACACAGCUUGGGAAGUGACAGAGCAGGGACUUGACCCCAGGCAGUCAGUCUGGAGCCCACACUGAAGUUGGUAACUGAAGUCAUUCUCUCCUAAUGCUGCGGGAGGGGAGAUCCGGGGAGGCGGAACCGCCUUGCCUGAGACUCUGCUUUGCACCUUAGAAAUGGGUGUGAUGAAAGUUCACCCCACAGGGGUGCUGGGAGGCACUUGAGUGGUAAAGGGGUCACGAAUCAAGGCUGGGGUUGGCUCCUGGCUUGGCCACUUAUUUUCUUUGCCAUCUUAAGCAAGUCACUGCCUCCCCGAACGUAUAGAUUGGGGAGGCGGGUGUGUGUGUGUGUGUCCUCGCAGAAACUUGAAGCAGAAACUUGAAGCCCUUGAGCGAGGAGACUUCACAGACCAGCAGGAGAGAACACAAAUGCAAAUUUGGCCCAAUACCAUGAGGCUCAGACAUCCAAAGCCUGACUUCUUAGAACGUAUCCUGUGUUUAGCCACUGGACCCGCAAAUGGCUCCCAGACUGUUGGGUUUCCACGGGACAUUUGGGAAACAUAAAGGGAUGAUUUGGGGUGAUCGUGUGGUGCUCUUAGCUCUUGGGAGCCCCGGCCCAGGGAUGGAGAUGUCUCAUGAUUGUGCAGGGCGUCUCCACCUAACAAAACAUUGUCCCUUGUCAUAUAUGGUUUUGAAAUGUCCCACGGGGCAUUCAUGAAGGAUGUGUGAUAUUCAAAAUCUUUGGCAACAGGUACAGUAAUAUAUAAAUGAAUAUAUGAGUCAAUAUAUGCAUCCGAGUAUUUAAAUAGUUUUUUUUAUCCUCUAAAGAAUGGAAACGAUCUCUCCAUAUACAUAUUUCUUUAAAUUGUUUGCAAAGAACAGAAGCUAAAGCUCAAAUCGUUCUUAAAUCAUUGCAGUGAUUUUGUUUUAUUUAGAAAUUGUCGGUGUGAAUUCUUGAUUGACACACGCACACAUAUAUUAUUUAUUUAUUAUAUAAAAAUAUAUAAAAUAACCCUGCCUUCGCUGUGAUUUGAUAAGGGAACCACAUCAAGGGCUUCUAGCAACUUCCCACUAAACCGGGUAUCAUUAGGUGACAUGGGGUCUCAAUACAUCAUUUCUCUUAGCAUUACCCAUGGUGUUCUGGUAUGUUCCCCUCUCCUCACUGUUCCUGAACUAACAGCUACAACUUUUGUAGCCUUUAUACUACCGCCUGACGGCUCUGUGCAUUUGAUGCCUUUAUCAUUGAUUAAUUAAUAGUCUGACAGGGGUGCCUGGGUGGCUCAGUCGGUUAAGUGUCUGACUUCAG